GCUGAGCUGAACACUCUGCAUGUGAUGCGCAUAUAUGAUCCUCCCAAGGCUCGCUUUCUCCUUUCUCAACUGAGCUCACUUUACUUCAUUAUUUCAUCCUCCUCUUCUUUUAUCUGAUCCAACACUUUUCUCUCUCCUAGUUCAUCAUUCAGAAUCCUCUUCACGAACAACACAACUUCACCUGCGAUCGUUUAUCACCCUCACCUCUGACAAUGACCCAUCCUAUCCUCUACCUAAUCCGGCACGGCGAGAAGCCCGAUAAGAUCAACGGCAAAGACCCUGACGGCCUCUCCGCCCAAGGGCAAGCACGCGCAGAGGGUUUGCAAGUCGUAUUCGGCAAGCAAAGCCCGUACAAUAUCAACUGUAUCAUUGCAGAGCAUCCAAAGAAAGAUGGCAGCCGAGACCGCCCAUACAAGACGGUCCUGCCUCUUUCCGAGGAACUCGGUAUUGAGAUCAACCAGUCGAUUGACCGGGAUGAUGCGCAUGGCGCAGCUGAUGCGGCGAAGGGGUAUAAUGGCCCUGGUAAUGUCCUGAUAUGCUGGGAGCAUGGUGUGCUUGGCAAGAUUGUGAGGGCGUUGGGCGUUAAGGAGAAAGUCGAGUAUCCAGGAGAGAGAUUUGAUAUCAUUUGGGAAGUGAAGUAUCCGUAUGGCACGUUGGAAUGGGCUGGCAGUGAGAAUGUGCCGGGUAUUGAUGGACCGCAGAAUCCUGCAGAGACGGGAAUUUUGCCUAGUGUCACUGGCGCUACCGAGACUGCUGCUUCUCUGGUCGAAGUUGUUCCAGCCAAGUAAGUAGGCCAACUCUACAGUGUGGAUUCACGACAGUUUAUAUACAUUACUUUUCCGAGAAGACCCUCAUUUCAACAAAAG